AUGGACAUCUGGAAAGAAUUAAUUGAUAAACUUAUUCAAGAUCUUCAAAUUCAAAAUUUUUCUAUGCUGGGUAAAAUGAUUGAAUGGGUAUCUCACGAAAAUUUUCUUGAUGUUUCGCAUAAAGCAACUGGCGGAUUUGGAAGAACCGUAUAUACCGCUAAUUGGGUAGGUGGUUAUAUAAUUGAAUGGGAUGAACAUAAUCAAAAAUUUAUAAGAUCAGGAACUUGUGCCGUCGCCUUAAAGCCUUUGUAUAACUCUAAUAAUCCAAGUGAAGAUUUUUUUAAGGAAGUUAGAUCCACUUUUAUACUUACAUCAGAAUCUCAUUUGUUUGUUCCAUUAUUAUAUAGUAUAACAAAAUCGCCAGAUAUUGGUGAUCAUAUGUUAAUUUUGGAUUAUAUGAAAAGUGGGGAUUUGGGAUCUUUUUUACGCAAAAAGAAAGGUACUUCUACAUGGACGGAAAGAUUUAGUUUAUUGAGGGAUAUUUCUCUAGGACUUGAACAAAUUCAUGAAAAUGAUCUAUUACACAAAGACCUUCAUCCUGGAAACAUUUUAACAAAAACUGGGAAUGAAUGGGAAAUAUGUGAUAUGGGAUUUUGUGGGCCUGCGAAUAAAGAUUCAGUGAAUGAAAUUUUUGGAAAUUUGCAAUAUGUAGCCUCUGAA